AUGGCCCACAAUAGCACUGAUAGUCUUGUGAUUCCAAGCUUCCGGGUCAAACGAUCGCAUAAGAAGAGUCGGACGGGAUGCCUCGUUUGCAGGAGAAGGCGGGUGAAGUGCGACGAAACCCGCCCUGGGUGCACUAUCUGCAAGCGCCGCGGGCUCGAAUGCACAUACGACGAAGGCUCUAAACACGCUCCAACCAGGACCUGUUCAUCAAGCGAAGGCGUAGUUAGUCGCAAGGCGGAUUCCACCCCCAGCUCUGCCUCUCCAGUCUCCCCCGCCACAUCCCCCAGUACCCUCGGAGUGCUCGAAACGGACCUCGUGCAGCACUACCUCAGCCAUACGCGUGGGAUGUUCGAGCUCUACGGCGGGUCGAGUCAGGCGGUGUGGGACACCGUCAUUCCCGCACUCGCGUACAGCUCGUCGACCGUCCGGCUGGGCAUGCUCACGUUCGCCGCCUUGUGCCUGCAUCACGACACCAAGCAGACGCCGGACGAGUCACUCAAGUACCUGCAGACGGCGGAGUACUAUGGAGAGCAGUUUGUCGACGAAAGCUCGAAGCAGCUGCGAGAGAUGAGUCCAGGUGAUGCCGAUCCGAACCUGGCCUGCGCCAGGCUGUUGACUGUGCUGUCCUUGGGCUUCUUCCGCGUGUAUCAGCAGCGUGACGGCUGGUCCAUAACUGAGCUAGGCUCAUGGACGUGGCUCCACAUGAUCCGUGGCAUCAUUCCGGUAUUCCAUCAUUACAAAGAUUCUAGUGGACCCAUGAACGAGAUGGUAGCGCGAGACCUGGGUCCGGACGGAAACUAUGCGAAACCUUCAAACGGCAACUGGUACAACGUCAGCUCUCAUUUCGAGGCGCAUCCGCAGUUCAACUUCAUCCGAACGACGACCUGCCAGCGCUUUCAGGCCCUGGACAAUGCAGUUGCCGCGAAGUGGUCGACAUUCAACGACCAACAAGUCGAAGACGUGCUGGCAGCGAUCAGCCACCUUCGAGAAGUGACAGAGACAACCUGUUACAGGGAGGUUCACAGCCUAAUGAGGGCGCUCCAAACCUGGCCAGUCAACAUCUCCAAAGGCUUCGUUGACAUGCUGGUGAGCGGAGAUCUUCUCGCACUGGCUGUAUACGCCCAUUGGCUCAUGCUAGUCGUUCUGGCCGAGGACAUCUGGUGGAUGGAUGAUAUGGGCCGCCAUGGCUUGAAGGAGAUUAUUGAGCUUUGCGAUGCCGAGCCGACGGCGCACAUUGAACGGUCGUUGUUGGAGUGGCCGAGGCGGAUGUUGUGCGAAGUCGGUGGUCAAGAGUGA